GCCGACGCCACCCGCGCGCUGGGUAUCCCCGCCUGACAGCGCUUGAGCGCCGGCUGCUCCUCUAGCCGUGCCUGCUGCCACAGCCAACGGCCUGUCUAGCCUGUGCAGUGGCGGUAGCCAGCGCCAGACAGCCGGGUAAAGCAGGCGCGCUGCUGGCGGCGCCGUUCUGUUGCAGCACGCUGAUGCAUGUGCUGGCGCGUGCCCCGCCACCCUCGCCUCUUGCCCUUCCACCUCCUGCCCCCCUGGCGCCGCCACCUCCGUUUCUGCCCCCGCCGACGCCGCCGCUGCUGUCGCUGCUGCCGCCGCUGUUGCCGCCGUUGUUGUCGUCGCCACCGCCGCUUCCGCCGUCGCUGCAGUGGGGGCUGGGCAGGCCCAGGAGCCUGGCCAUCUGGGCGACGCCAGACGUGCGCGGCUUGUGGCCGGCCACUGUAGCUGUGCGGUGAGAAGCCUGGCAUUGACCCGACACAGGCCACCAGGUAGUUGCCGGGAUCAACGCCCACGAUGUGCACGGCGCUAACGGUUGCCAGCUCAAGACAGCCAGCGGAUCGCCAGCCGCGACCACGCCCGGCAACGCUUGAGGGGCCGUAGCUCAGGACGGCGGACGUGGGGCGGGGGAGGGGGGGCGGGCGCGGGCUUGGGGGGACCGGGGCGGGGCGGGGUGGGCGGGUGGGCAGCGCACGGUGCCAUGGCCGCGUGGCAAGGUAGCACGUACGUGGUGUUGGUGAGUGACGGAAAACUUGCCUCGCACGUGGACUUGCCAUGAGGAAGCGUGGUGGGAAGGACGAGUUGCAUGCAUGUUAAAUUGCAUUGCCGCGUCGAUGCUGAGACGCAUUUUGUUGCGAUUGCGUAAGAGGGAGCUGGGGUGGGAGGCAGGCCGCUGCAGGCCAUGAUACGGUACCGGUGCAGCGGGUGUCGCCGCGGCUCAGCUGCUGCUAGCGGCCGAGCUUGGGGCGGCGCGGGCGGCGCUGCGUGUGUGCGCCAAGCUGUCCUGCGCCAACCUGGCGGGAGAUAGCAAGGCGGAGCUGGAGGCGCGGCUGCGGCCCUGUCGCGAUGGCUGCGGCGGGCGAGUGACCUGCUGCGGCAAGCGGUGCAUUUCAGUGUGCGGCAAGGGCACCAGCGGACCAGCCUUAUGUGUGGCGAAGGCGGCGGCGGGAGCUGGUCUGGGUCGUCUGGCUGGGGCGUGGCCGCGUGGGCGUGGCAGGCGGGGGGGGGGCGUGGCAAGGGCUCUCGCAGCUGAGGAACGCGUAGGCAAGGUGCGCAUGCAUGUUGAGUUUACGGCACGGGCUUGUUGUCCGGUAUGGUAUGCUUGCAUGCUACUUCUGGAUCUGGAACCGAAACUGGCGGAUGCAGGCGGAUAUGCCUGCUAUGUGCGUGGCUGCGGUGUGUUGAUGAGCGCAGGGGUGGUGCUGUACGUGGCAAUCAUGUUGGUGGUCACAAGGAGGCGUCAAGGAGACCGUGGGGCAUGUAGUGCCAGCCAAGGUGCCAGCCUGCCAGGAGACACGUGCUGUCGCUGCCAACAGACGCGGAGCUGCGAACGUGCUUACAUGCGCCGUGCCCGCAUGUUGAGGUUUUGAGUUGAUACCGUACUUCUCGCUC